CUGAUGAGUUAUUGCUGAUGUGACCACUUUCGUCAUGUUUGCAAUUAUGUAAAUCUUUUCAUGCUGCUAACCAUGUCAACUACUGUACUGUACUCAGAUGUAAGUUCUAUUGAAUUCAGUGAGUUCCCCCAAGGAAGUAGAGUUAGGGUUAAGCACACGUACUAGGAAGUAGUAAACUUGCUUAAAGUGGGAGGGUUGAGGGCACCCGCAGAGCAGAUGAGGGGCGCCAGAAAAGAGAGUUAUAAGUCCCAUGGCACAGGUGAAAGUCCUAGCAGCCAUGAGACAGUGGGCGGCUGCCCACUGUGUUUAUGGCGCAAUAACUAUUUAAAAAUGUGCAUAUAAAUCACAUAUAAAUCAGCACAGGCACAUUUUUUUGCACAUAAAAGCACAUGCAGAUUUUAGGUACAGCAUAUCUUGGCCAUCUCUCUCCACACCGCGCAUGCAUGAUCUGCCGUCCUGCGCAGCUCUCACCUCCGCCGGGCGGAGAGGGAAGCGAGGUCUAAACUGAACCACGAACUGAGGCCUCCAGGCGACUCUCUACCCAUUGCGAGUCUAGGAAACAGCAGCGAGCCACGCUGCGCCAGAUGCGCACGCGCGCUUCCCUCCUCGGCCGGGAUGAAGGGCCAUUGGCUACGGUGGCUGCGUGGGUCCAUUUCCCGCUCGAUGUUAAAUGGGAGGCUGCUUCCUGCUCGCGGUCACACGCCGCUGUCGUCGGUUGUCCGGCGCUCGCGGUGACGGAGAGAGGGAGAGACUGGGGUACGACGAGCGUUUCCAGGGCAACGGCCCCUUGCCAGUUCGCUCCUCUCCGGCGAGGAAGCGCCCGGGGCCUAGCGGAGUUCGCGGGAGGGGGGCGCCUCUUCCGGCUGCAGAGUAACGGCCGCCUCUGCCUUCCGUCUAGAAGGGCCUUACAUUUCGCCUCCCACCUUAAAAGGCCGCUUACUUGUGCUCCCGCCGCCACCUCAGUGCUGGACCUGAAGCACCUCAGUGCUGAGCCUGCAAAGCUCCUGCCCCAAGAGACAGGCAGCACCCUAUAUUUAUAGGUUAUUUUGGGGGCUGGGGUUUCCCUUCUACCUGCAAUAAAAUUUGGUCUUUUUGAGCACCCCAUAGGUUCCCUGCCCUGCUCCCAUCUUCCCGCUGUUUCUGCCAUGGAGCCAGUCAAGAGGCCCAGUGACGACAGCCUCGUCGUCUCCGGGGCUCCAGAAAACAAGUUUCCCAGGGGACCUAACCCUAAGGACAGUCCCUCCAACUCGUCCCUCAUGAAAGCCUUGGAGGCGGUUUUAAUCGCUGGCCGGCGUGGCUUGCUUGGCGCGGAAGCCAUGGCGGCGGCGGGAGGCACCCCGGAAUUGAAUCCAGGAGGCAGCAACGGAGUGGCCCCUCCGGCAAAAGACCCUCCGGAAGGCCUGAAUCCUAUUCCCCGCUUGGCAGGAGGGGGAAAGAAGAAGAAGGUCUUCAAUGAGAUGCGUACGCCUGUGAUAACUGCCGUGCAACAGGUGAAGGGUGCUGGAGGACAGCAAGCUUCCCCAAAGGAAAUCUGGAUAUGUGGCAAUUCUGUGAUCUUUGCAUCGAAGAAGAGAGCUAGUAGUCAACCAGAUGGAUUGCAGUUGGGCAUCUCUGUUUCAAAGGCAAAUUUGUAUUGGAUUGGGAUACAGAAAAUGAAGUGGGAAAAGCUCAUGCCUCUUCUGCAUGAAAUUUAUUAUCUCCGUUCUUCUCCAUCGCUUAUAAUAAUUCAUGUUGGAGAAGAUGAUCUACAUCCCAACGACAACUUGUCUCUCAUUAUAUCCAUGAAAAAUGACUUGGGCAUUCUUAAAAGAGCAUUCCCAAAUGCUACUAUAGUUUGGUCUUCACUGUUGCCAAGACGUUUUUGUAAGAAGGACCAAAAUCCUAAACACAUGGCAAAAUCUCAAAAGUUUGUUAACAAAAAAAUGGUAAGCUUUUGUAAUGAAAUUGGCGUACACUUUCUGUCGCAUAACUUGAUUACGCCUGAUAAAGCAAACCUGUUCUUGCCUGAUGUCAAUGACCUAUCUGAUGCAGGAGCUGAUUUCUUCUUGGCAGACCUGAAGAAAGUCCUGCGGUUCUAUCAGGUUUUGGGAUAGUUGGGAAGAUGCUAGUAAUAUGUGUUUGUUUUUGUCAGAAAGAAUGGGUUUGUUGCUGCUUGACCAUCAUAUAGUGUCUUACAAAUUGUACACUUGGAUGAAUACGAGUGGAUAUGGGCUCCCUGUUCCUAGGUAGCUUUAAACUGCAUUUUACAUAUAUAGAUGACACAGGUUGGUAGAUAUGUUCCUUUGACUAAUCUCUGCAACGAUAGGACUGUCUAAUAACAGAUGAAAGAAACUGUUCCCUUUUAACAUCAUGAAGAUUUUAAAUAUACUCUCAUUUUUAAUGAAACUGUACAUUUUGAUUUCUUUGAGGGAAAUUUAUAAGAUGGUAUAAUGAAAAAAGCUGUGGACCAGGUAUCUACUUACUGCUCUGUGUGCAAGGCAUUAUUCAGAGAGGCACAUGUAUGUAACUAGUCAUUAUAAGGAACCCAAGCAAAAACAGGUGAAACAGUUUUUCAGAUGUUAACAAAUUGUAUGUGCAAGAGUAUUGGGUAGACAGGGGAAAUGAGACCACACAAAGUAUGCAUAUACAUGUUUUUCAGUAUUGGGUAUUUGCAUUUGCAUUGAUUCUCUUGCAGUCAACAAAUUGCUUACUCCAGUUGGUCAUUGAAUGCUAUGCACUAUUCCAGAGUAAGCCAUUUGAGGGUUGUGAGUCAUUUGAGGGCUGAGUUUCUGCCACAGACUAGUUCCACUGUCUAGAAUAGGUCAUUUGGAGCAAUAGUUGGCUGUGAUUCCCAACCAUCAUUCCCUAGUGUGUUGGCAUUUAGGAAGUAUUCAUUGCCUAUUGCCAUUUGUACCAGUUUAUAUCUCCUCCCCCCCCCCAAUCUUACUAUUUGUAGUUCUGAUAUACGUCUUCCCAUUUUGACUACCUUAAGGACAUGGAAUUACCGUACAUCUGGUGGGAAAGACUUGCUUAAUACAAGUACAGGGAAACUCCAUAUUACCUCUUCAGUAUCCAUAAUUAAUUAUAAUUACAGUCAACUCUAUUGAACCAUGAGAGAAAAUCCAGACAACCCCAGCAUCAUAAUACUGUUAUUAGGAUUGCAUAGUAGUGAACUAACCUUCUUGUUUCACAAAACUCUUUAUCGGGCUGAAUAUGGAACGCACACGCAAAAAGGAAGAGGUCAGGGAGAGAAGAGAAAAAGAUGUUGCUAGUAAGAGCGCAGUGGAAGUCCCAUGUGCCAUAUGUGAUUGCCUUAGCACAGCGAUUCAGGAAAAUGUUUGCCAAAUUAUUAUGUCUGUUUAUGACAUGUAUUGCAUGUAUUUUCAAAGGGGGAAUGGCCAUUGAUUCUUUGUCCCAAUAUGCUUUGGCGCAACCUGAACCAUCUGUACUUGGCAUAAACUAACCUAAUCAAUUUGCAAGGGGCUUAUCCUUUACUGGUGAUAUCACUUCUACCAUGCCCUUUACCAGCAACAGAUCUCUUCUCUUCAUGACACCUUGUUUUGUUUAACAACCUGUCUGACAAAGAGGAAAUUUGUGAAAUUUGAAAAACUAGCCACUUAUUUUGUGACAUCUAGUUACUCCUAAUUAAGUAUUGUAAAAUGGCUGCCGUUUCCAUAAUUAAUAGAAAUUGCUAUUGGACUUUUCUGUGCUUUUUUGUCAGAAUGAUGAUAAAUGAUUUGCCCAGGGGUAAUGUUCUCUCUCUCCCCCUCACUAUUUUGUAAUGAAUUCACAAGCUAUCAUUUAGUAUAGGGAGGUCAGGAUAAUGUUGUAAACUGUAUUAUGACCAAAGAACGUAUUCAUCAGUUUGUUGGGGUUUCGUCUAAGCUUGAGGAUGAGCUUAAAACUUAAACUGUAUUGUGCAAAUAAUCAAAUGGAAUUAGCAGCAGAGGCCAAUACUCUUCCAGAUAAUUCUUUGGCCGUCAUGGAAUCAUCCAAGCCAGAAGGAGAAAUGGGUUUAUGUUUGGCUACCUGAAUUUUUAUUAUCUAUUUUUGCAACAUGAAUCUCAGUUUAAAUAUUGCAAUAGAACCAUAACUUUGACUUUGUGCAGUAGUGCCUUGCAGUGCUUUUGGUACAUCAGAAUAGUUACUGUUGACUGAUGCAACAGAGUUAGAGGUAAGUUGCUAGAAAAACUGCUCCAUCUGGAAUGAAGAUGGAGGCAAAUGUUUCCUGUGGCUCGUGCUGUUCGAUAUAGCCAUAUUACUGCAUGAACUUAAGUGGACAUGGGGAUCUGUGAAUAAAAGGUGAGCGGAAACAGGAAAAAAUGGAGACGCCUGCAAAACCAAGGAACUGCUAUUUUUGUGAAUUUUUUAUAUAUACACUUGAGUUACACACUUAGUCUGUAUUUUGUUUUGCUUCGAGUAGGAUGAGGCUUUGCCUAAACUAUCUACAGAAUUGGAUCUUUACAAAAUGUGAUGGUAUAUGCCAGAAGCAAAGGCCACAGGAGCAAGCGAAAGGAUCUCUAAACCAAGAUGUCUAGAGAGAAUUGCAACUUGUGAAGACAUUUGAAGAAUCAAAAUUGUACAGUGGUGCCUCUGGAUCAUAGCUGUCAAGUUUUCCCUUUUCUUGUGAGGAAGCCUAUUCAGCAUAAGGGGAGUUCCCUUUUAAAAAAGGGAGCACUUGACAGCUAUGCUCUGGAUACGUACCUGAUCCGUUCCAGGGUGCCAUUCUCAACCCGAAAAGUACGUAUCUGGAGUGGCGCUUCCACGUAUGUGCGCGAAGCGUGCAGAACACUUCUGCGCAUGCACGGACAGCGGAACCCGGAAGUAAACACUUCCGGGUCCGCCACGUACUUAAGCCGAAAAUACGCAACCUGAAGCGGACGCAACCAGAGGUAUGACUGUACUGUGAUGGAAAUGCAAACAUGUGGUGACUAUAUUACUUUGCAACAUAUGAAUGUAAAAAAUUGUAUACAGGCAAAGGUUGUGUCCUGUAGACCUGCUACUGUUGUGUUUCUUCAUGUUACGUUAAAGCAAUUGCCUUGCUUUGGAACUAAAUCUGUUCUUAUACAUUAGAUUGAGUUGCUAUCCACAGCACUGUUGCUUAAUUUUGUUGAGAUUCUCAGCCUGUUUCUGUCAUACCUCACCACAGUUUUUAAACUGCACGAUAAUGAAAACAACAAAGAGUGGUGGCACCUAACCAAGGAUGGGGUAUUUAUGCUUUUGUCAAUGCAGCCUUGUUAAUGGUUACAAUACUUACUUUGCUUUUACGUUAUUAUCACUGUCCUUUUGCAUUUCUCUUAGACUAACUCCUGUCAAUCUCCCCCAUGUAUGCACACAACCACGCCAAUUGGGGAUUGCACUUCAGCAGGGGUGGGGAACCAGUGGGCUGCAACUCCCAUCAGCCCCAACCAACAUGCCCUGUGAUCGGGCAGGAUGGGAAUUGCAGAUCGGCAGCAGAUUCCCCACUCUUGCACUUCAUGUAUCUACUUAAGUGGAUUCUGGUCCAUGAAAGCUGAUCCUGUAAUGAAUUUGUUAGUCCUUGUGCUGCCACAAGACUCUUUAUUGGUUUUGGUGUACCAGCCUCACACAGUUGUCCCUCUGGAAAUUGUAACAAAAUAAAUACAUAAUUCUUCAUUAAAGGGCAGCUGCAAACUGA